GUGGGUUAAAUUUUUAUGAAUGGGGCCGCCCCGCCUGCCAUCGCCGGGCGUCAGCAGCGAGCGGCGGCGGGCGGCGCUCCCCGGUGCCUCCCGCUCCGCUCCGCGCCCGCUCCGCCGAUGGCCGCCGGCCGCCGCGCUCCCCCGGAGCCCGGCGGGGGCCCGGUGCUCCUCCAAGGCAUCUUCGGCGCGGGGCCGGCCCCCGGUGCCGCCGCCUGCUCGCUGUCGCUGACGGCCCGGGAGCUGCAGGUGCGGCGCCCCGGCGGCUCCCCGGGCGGCUCGGCCGGUCCCGACGCCGCGCUCCGCCUGGCCGACUGCGUGGGCUCGGCCGCCUUCCCCGCGGCCGCGGCCGCCGCCUGCUUCUCGCUCGUGUGUUACCCGCUGCGGGGGCCGCGCUGGGGGCCGCCCGCCCGCCAGCGCCUGGAGCAGACCUUCCGCGUCUCCCGGGGGCCCGACGCCGAGGGCAACCUGCGCAUCGCCCAGGCCUGGAGCCGCCGCAUCCGAGAGCUCGCCGUGCCCGCCGUGCCCACGCAGGACGGUGACAGCUAUGGGGUGCUGCCCCGGCCCUGCCGUGCUCUGGUGCUGCUGAACCCGCAGAGCGGCUCCGGCCGCGCCCUCGACGACUUCCAGGCCGUGGUGCAGCCCAUGCUGGCCGAGGCUGAGAUUGCCACCACCAUCUUCAUCACCGAAAGACCCCACCACGCGCACGAGAAGGUGCGGGAUGAGGACCUGUCGCAGUGGGACACGCUGGUGGUCAUGUCUGGGGACGGGCUGCUGUACGAGGUGGUGAACGGGCUCAUGGAGCGUCCGGACUGGAAGGACACCAUGAAGAAGCCGCUGUGCAUCCUGCCAGGAGGCUCUGGGAACGCCCUGGCCGCCUCCAUCAACUACUAUGCAGGCUACGAUCACGUCGCCAAGAAGAAGCUGCUGACGAAUUGCACCUUCAUCCUGUGCAAGGGGCUGCACACACAGAUGGACCUGGUCUCACUGAGCACGGCCUCGGGCAAGCGCUUCUUCUCCUUCCUCGGCUUCGGCUGGGGCUUCAUCUCGGACGUGGACAUCGACAGCGAGAAGUACCGCUGGCUGGGCAAUGCCCGCUUCACCCUGGGCACCCUGCAGUGCCUGGCCAAGCUGCGGGUGUACCAGGGCCGCCUGUCCUACCUGCCCGCCGGCCCCGAGCAGGGCACCUCCCCGGCCCCCAGGGACCCUUCCACGCCUGUCCCCAACGGCCAGGCCGGCCACGCGCCCGGUUCCCUGCCCACCGACUCGCUGCUCGCGCCGCUGGGGCAGCCGGUGCCGGCGCACUGGACUGUGGUCCCCGAGGAGGAGUUCGUCCUGGUCUACGCCAUCUACCAGUCCCACCUGGGCACCAACCUGCUGAUGGCACCGGCGGCCCGGCUGCACGACGGCUGCAUCCACCUCUUCUACAUGAAGGCCGGCAUCAGCCGCGUGGCGCUGCUGAAGCUCUUCCUGGCCAUGUCCAGGGGGACCCACCUGGACUUGAACUGUCCCCACCUGUGCUACGUCCCCGUCCGGGCGUUCCGCCUGGAGCCGCGGGUGGCCGCGGGCAUCAUGACGGUGGACGGCGAGGCCCUGGCGUGUGAGCCCGUGCAGGGCCAGAUCCACGGCCGCCUCUGCCGCGUCGUCAGCGGCUCCUGAGCUCCAGGUUUGCCCUCCCUGCAGCGCUGAGCUGCCGGCACGGCCCAGCACGAGGGUGGCAGAGCCUUCCUCCCACUCAGGAACAUCCUCCUCCUCCCAUAGCAAUAGGUCUUGGGGGCUGCGGGGCUCGUCCCCUCGCUUGCCCCCACGCUUAGCUUUACCCCCUCGGGGACAGCCAUCAGCGCUGUCCCAAAAAUGAGCCACGAGCCCCAUCAGGUACUCGGUGCCGGCGAGACGCCAGCGUGUUUCAUCCUGGUACGAGGUCCCGGUCCAGGCGGCUGCGCCGGCACAGCCCCGUCCCCUCCCCGGCUCGGACGCACACGGUGGCAUUGCUCGUGUCCCCGCCCGCCGCGGAGCCAGUGCCACCCCCCCAGGGAUGGUCAGGACCAAUAGAUCUAAUACAGGAAACCGACUUUUUUUUU